AUGCUGCGGCACGAAUGGGAUAGCUUAAAUGAAGUGUGGUCUCAUCGAAAACCGGGGGUGUGUCUUGUGACGGAUGUGAAGAUGUUUAGCUUAGAAACCUCAUCAAGCGAUUCUAUUGGAGUUGUUUUUUCACAUUUAGCUCAGAUUCCGAUAUUUGAUAGGGACCAACAUGUCUGUUUUGAAUGUGCAAGCUUCCUUCACAAGUUUCAAGAAUUCAAAUCCAAAUGUCUCAGAGCUCACCAUAUUUUAUCAAAAUUCAAAUUUGGCUCAACGCAUAUUUCAAAAGAAGCUAUUAAAAACAUUGACAGAAAAAUUAACAAAUUGGAAUCCAAUUUGAAAGUAACACCAGUGUCCGUACAAUAUGAAGUGCCAUUCAAUGAAGACACAGAAAUAGAUAUAAAACAAAAUGAAAGUGAAGAAAAUAAAGAAUUAGAGGUCAGUGUGAAAAUAGAAGAAGCUAACCCUGACAUUGAUGAGAAAUAUGAUUUUGAUGAACCUCUCAAUGAUUAUAAUGAAGACUUCAUAGAUGCAACAGAAGAAAUAUUAAUAGAGGACUCAAAAACAAAGCCUAGGAAGAAGCCAAAAAAAGAACCGAAAACUAAAAAGAGAAAAUUUAAAACUGUUAUUAAAAGUGAAGAUGAUUUUAGUGAUGAUGAACCAUUAUCUAAAAGUGUGUCUAAGAUUAUGCCUGUUAUGAAAACUAGUAAAAAAAAGAAUGGACUAAACAUAAGUUACUUUGAUGACUAUGCCACUGUUGUGUUUCUCACCCCUGAGGAUGCUAGAAAGGAGGUUUUACUUAGAAAAGAAUCUAAUAAUUAUAAAAUGUCUCAGUUUAAAUGUGAUCUGUGCUAUAGAGGUUUUGAAGCUAAAUCUGCUUUCGAAAAUCAUACAAAGAAACAUAGUGUUGAUAAUGGAGACUUUGAAUGCGACAUCUGCCACCUUCGGUUUCCGCAACAAGUGCACCUGGGUAAACACAGACUGUCAAGCCACAAGCGGAAGUUUAGUUGCAAACUUUGUUCAUAUAUUUGUUAUUGUAUCAUGCCCAACAGUCUGUUGAUGCAUAAACGGUUAAAACAUUUAAAGGAGUUUGUUCGGGAGAGUGUCUGUGAACUGUGUGGCAGCAUAUUUGGUACGCCAAGAGGACUGUUCUUACAUAACAUGAAGGUUCAUAGACAGGUUGAAAACGACAAAUUGGGACCUAAAUGUGAAGACUGUGAUGUACAUUUUACUUCAGAAGAGGCCUGGAAGAGACAUCUAGUGCUUUCCUCUAAGCAUAAAGUCAGUAACGGUUGUAAAUUCUGUGGCGACACAUUCCCCAAUUUGGACGAUCUCAAAGCUCAUCUCAGAGUGCAUUCUCGGAAGCAAAUGAACAGAUCUAGUGUGAAACUGCCGGCUGCUUGUCUUAUUUGCGACAAAUGGUUAGUUAACCGCGUCGAGUAUAAGAUCCAUGUGACGUCAGAGCACCCACACACUGAUGAGGCGAAGAAGAUAUCUAUUGAAGAACAGACUCCUUUCGUGUGUGAAGUCUGUGGUCAGAUGUUUAAGCAACAAUGUUUCCUAACAUACCAUCAACGUAAACACACGGGCGAGCGUCCGUAUAAGUGUUCGGAGUGCGACAAAACGUUCCAGUUGGCCGGCGCGCUGUCCAUACACCGCUCCGUACAUACUCGCAGAAGGGCGCAUAAAUGUGACAUGCCUCGCUGUAAAGAGAAGAACGUGGCCAGUAGGUGCUGUUACGUAACUCCGGAUCAGAAAGACUUUGGACAAUCUUAUGGUAUAGAUAGAAGAUCAAUUGAGUCAAGGGAUAAACGUCUUCAUAAGGAUAUGUUCAUAGGAAAGAACUCGUUUCAAAAUGAUCACAAGCAAACUUUAAAAAACAAUCAACAAGGCUUCGAUCCAAUAAAAAUUGAAACCAGCGCUCCUUCGAGAGAAAAAUUCAAAAAGGUGUUAUAUACGAACGAUAGUAAGGUUGAAUCUCGUCCACAUUACACCCAAAGAGCUACCUCGCCUGUGUUUGUGGAGGCGCCUGAUGGAUCACAAUGGCAGAAUGUAGACAAUACCGAUAAUUUAGAUACAAUUAUUAUGAACGAAGAUCCACCAGCAGUUUACGAACGCCUAAAGAACCACUUCUACAUAUCCGAGGUACCACAAAUCAAAAUAAUCGCUGAAAAGUUUUCUAAAUACAAGAAGAACAACAUUGAACUCCGUCGACUUGAUGAGAAGGUGGUUUGCGUGGAGUAUGAUAUAUAUGAUCCUGCCAGCAAGGAGGACCUGAAACCUAUACAGAGAAUGAGGGCUUUCUUCUCUAUCAAACCGGUCGUAGGGGAUGGCUGUGGGAAUCAUGAAUCCAAGCUGCCAACGCUACCUUCGAAUAUAAAACAACAAUUCAACAUUCUAGACGAAGAUCUGAAAAAGUUAACGGACAAAGAGAUCGAAAUAAUCGACGGAAAAAUUGAGGAAAACCGAUCUUAUCUGGAUGACUUAAGGCGUAUAUUGAAGAGGAAACAAGUGAUACGCGUUAAAAGGAAUAGGACGGCGUUAGAUUUGGAAUCUCUGUAUGAAAUGGCGAAACGGGAUAUGUCGUCUCUGGGUUGCCGGUAUUCGGGAGCGAAUUUACUUUCGAAAGAGGAAUUACAAGAAGUAAAAGACUUGAUUCUUCACAGAUGCGCUUCCAGUGUCCAUGGUAUUAGGAGAAAAAGUCUUAAGCGAAAGGAAAAAGGAUCUGCGAAAGAUUUCGGUGUUAUAUCCGAGAGCAUUGUCGCCGAGUUGUGGAGGGAUGAUGCCAAACUUAAUGUCUAG